AUUGCAAAAUAGUGUUCCAGUCAGAUUUUGCGAAAUUUUGUUUUGAAAAUUAUUCGUUUCGGGCGAUAACAAUGAAAUAAACAUGAAAGAGGAACGUGUCACGGAAUAUUGAGGAUUGCUCUGUGUUAGUACGAGCAGCGAAUCGCUACCCUUUGAAGUUUAACUUGUUUAUAAUAGUCUCACCAUGGAUGGCACUUGGGUGUUAAUUUUACUUGCUCUGGUGAUGCUGGUAGGGUCCUAUGUGGCUGGAAGUAUCCCUCUGAAUGUCAGCAUGUCAGAGGACAAACUUCAAAAGGUGACAGUAUUCGGAGCCGGCCUGCUAGUGGGCACAGCAUUGGCCGUGAUCAUCCCCGAAGGCGUUCGGUCACUGUUCAGCGAGCGAUCGUUGCCUACGAUAGUGACCAAAGACUACACAGCCGAACCGCCGGGCCACGAUGAUGAUCUGCACUCCGUUAUUGGGAUAUCUUUAGUGUUAGGUUUUGUAUUCAUGUUGUUGGUCGACCAAAUGUCCACGCGUUACAACGAUUCAUCAAAUCCAGUCGAAAAGAAUGUCACAGCUACAGUGGGGCUAGUUGUCCACGCAGCUGCCGACGGUAUAGCUUUAGGCGCGGCCGCGACUACUUCUCACGCGGACGUCGAGUUGAUAGUUUUUCUCGCCAUCAUGUUGCACAAAGCGCCCGCUGCCUUCGGGCUUGUCACUUUCUUACUGCACGCCGGGCUGGAGAGGAACCGAAUCCGCAAACACCUGCUGAUAUUCUCGUGCUCGGCGCCGCUAUUGGCGCUGCUCACCUACUUCGGUAUCGGCAACGAAAGCAAACAGACUCUCAGUGACUUCAACGCGACCGGUAUCGCCAUGCUAUUUUCAGCAGGGACGUUUUUGUACGUGGCAACAGUUCACGUGUUGCCAGAACUCACACACUCACACUCGCACUCGCACACACACACGCUGCUGCCUGUCCAAGAUGGCGGCCAACCGAAACGGGGCUUUGGCGGGCUACAGUUCUGCGAAAUGAUAAUUCUGACUGUGGGGGCUUUGAUGCCCCUGCUAUUGACGAUGGGUCAUAAGCAUUAGCGUACGAUUUAAGUGUGAAACCCAAAGAAACCGCACGUUUAAUAGUAAAGUGCGUUAACUCAAAAAAUCAGUUUUUCAAGAUUUCAUAGUAAAGUGUGUUAACUAAAAAUCGGUGUUGCGAAUGUUAACUCAAAAACAUCCGUUUUGCGAGUGUUAAUUCAAAAAAUCGUUUCAAUAAACUCAUUUUUUGAGUUAAGUUUUACUUGCCGGGAUAGAAUAAAAAAUUGUUCUUAAAAAAAUAUUAUAAUUUUUUAAACUGUUUUAUGUUUUGUCAGUUUUGACAUUUCGUACUGUCAACAUGUAAAAAAAGGGGUGAAAUAGUUGGAUUAUUUUUGGUGAAAAAUAAACUGGAUGUUUUUUUAAGCAAAUUAUUUAAUUAUAAUCUGGUUUCUGGGUUCGAUUCGAAAUGUUUUGUAUUGUUUAUUUAUUUUCUUGUAUUAUUUUAUUUUUUUCUUCGCCAAGGCCGACAAUUUUUUACUUGAUUUCUGAUGCAUUUUCUCAUUAAUUACCGGAUGCAAUUUAUUAAACUGAUUAGUGCCAAUACUUACCGAUGCGAAAGAUAUUUUAUUAAAAUUAUCAAAUUUACAAUAAAAAUAUCUAGGUUGAAAUGAAGUAUGUUUCACAAUUAAAAUAUACCGGAUUGAAAUAUAGUAUUUUGUGCAUCUGUUCAUGGGUUCAUUUAAUCCUUAGACAGACAGUAUUAACAAAAUCAUUACCAAAUCGUAAAUUUUUAAUGAUAAUGAGUUUUUGUUAAAAAAAAUAGGUUUUUUACCAAAAAAAUGUUAUUUAAAAUUAACUUAUACUAUAAUAUGUAGUUGCCAAACUGUCAAAAAAAUUAUGUCAAAUAAAGAAUUUUAAUGAAGAAAACAUAGUCAUCGUAUGCUUGUGAUCGAAAAAAGUCACUGCGUUCGAAAAUAAAUUGGAUAUGACUCGAUUUUUUGUAUAUUUUCACGUUUUUCUUUACUUUUAUAUGAAUUCAUUGAUUGAUUUUCAUAGACAAUUUUAUAAGUUAAAAAAUAUGUGCUUAAUUAAAAACUUCAAUAUGAAAUAUCCUUUUUAUACAUAUAAAGUACAUGCUGUGUGUAUAUUUUUAUAUUAUACGUGUAGAUUUUUGUAAUGUAGUUAAAAAUAAAAGUAAUAAUAAUAGAACAAUAUUUAUGGAAAUGUUAAAAAAACGGACAAAAAAGAGUGAGCAUUAUGAAACAGAUUUAGGAUAAUAAUAUUUUUUUUUAUUUCUAUAAA